AUGCCCAUACCAUUCUCAAAUGUCCUCAUCCAUGCUUUCCUUCUGUGGACAACGUCGCUCGGUAGUACUCUGAACAGCACGGACGUCCAAGAAGCCAGGCUUGUAUCGGUGGAUUCGCCUAUGCAUAUUUUUCAUCUUGCAAUCCUCCUGCCUUACGACAAGAAAUAUUUCUUCAGCAUUCCCGACGCGAGGCCGGCUAUAGAACACGCCAGCAGCCAUCUCCAUGAGUACAACAUCUCCACCAACAUCACCUUGGCGCUUCACUACGCCGACACCAACUGCAGCGAGAAAGACGCACCGCUUGCCGUUUUCAACAACAAAAGAACCGUUCACGCUUUCUUAGGACCGUUCUGCGACUACAGUCUAGCGCCGUCGGCUAGGUAUUUAAGCGUCUGGAAUCUUCCAGUCAUCUCCCCUGGUGGAUUUAGCCACUCGUUCAAGCUCAAAGAGAAAGGAAACUUCACGACUUUAACCCGAGUAGGUUGGACUUUAGACUCGCUAUCCACAUUCCUACACAAAACGGUGACAUUUUACCACUGGAAAAAAAUAUUUCUCCUCUACGACGGCAACAUUGCCGACAGCAUCAUGCCGAAGUUUUGCUACCUGGCCGCUAGCGCGAUCACGCAUCUCUUUCGAGGAAACAACGUAGUCAAGUUGAAGAUGUUCAUGAUCCUCAAUGACGGCACCAACCACGAGAGCACGUUCAGACACGAGAUUGGUAUCCAGCACAGCGGUGAGUAG